GAGCUGCCGCCAUGUCCGCCAGUAGUCUUCUGGAGCCGAGACCGAAAGGACAAGGAAACAAAGUGCAAAAUGGAUCUCUCCACCCAAAGGAUGGCUUGAAUGAUGAUGAAUUUGAGCCAUAUUUACAUGCACAAGAGCGGCAGAACAGUGCUUACACAGCCCUCUCCGACUCAUACUUGCCGAGUUAUUACAGCCCAUCUAUAAGUUUCUCAUACUCCCUAGGAGAGGGAGCUUGGUCUACUGGAGGCGAUCCUCCACCUACUAUGCCGUACCUAACUUCCUAUGGCCAGCUGAGCAAUGGAGAACCGCAUUAUUUGCCAGAUGCUGUGUUUGGAACAUUGGGCAGUGCCCCAUUCCUAGGACAGCCCGGGUUCAAUUUUUUUCCAAGUGGUGUAGACUUCUCAGCUUGGGGCAGUGGAGGAAACUCCCCAGGAGCAUCUGCUCCUAGUUCUGGAUAUGGGGGAAGCUAUGCAUAUGCCCCUAGCACUUUAGGGGGAGCUGUUUUGGAAGGGCAAGCAAGCUUUGGUGGGGGAAAAGCAGUGGGAAGUAUAGAACAAGGAAUGGGGGCUCUGAAACUGAGUGGAGAAGGGGGUGGUCUGAAGGCAGCUGUGGGUAGUCUGCCACCUGCAUCUGUGGCACCACCGAAGCAGGCAUCUUGGGCGGACAUUGCAAGCAAACCUGCUAAGCAAAACCUUUCUAAAAUUCUUCCUCCUCAUCCUCCACAUCCUCCAUCCUCCAAACACAACAUGGAGAUUGGAACUUGGGACAACAAAGUAUGCUCAGUCAGCGUCUGCCAGACAUCAUCUCCACCGAUGCUUCAGCAGACUCUUCCCACUGCACCCCAGGCCCCUACACGUUGGUCUGCCCAUCGUAACAGAAGCUCAGAGCAGACACAGCUUCCACCCUCAAAUGCUGAGCCUCACCCUGUCCUGGAGAAAUUGCGUUUAGUCAACAACUACAAUCCCAAGGACUUUGAUUUCAGCCUUAAACUUGGUCGUGUGUUCAUUAUAAAAAGCUAUUCAGAGGAUGACAUUCACCGUUCCAUCAAGUACAAUGUUUGGUGUUCCACAGAGCAUGGCAACAAGCGUCUUGAUGCAGCUUUUCGCUCUCUUAAUGGAAAGGGUCCGCUUUACCUGCUUUUUAGUGUUAAUGGUAGUGGCCACUUCUGUGGAGUAGCAGAAAUGUGCUCAGCAGUAGACUAUAAUACUUGUGCAGGAGUGUGGUCACAGGACAAAUGGAAGGGUCGUUUUGACGUGCGCUGGCUGUUUGUCAAGGAUGUACCUAAUGGACAGCUACGUCACAUUCGUCUAGAGAAUAAUGAAAACAAGCCAGUCACCAACUCUCGGGACACACAGGAGGUCCCGUUAGAAAAAGCACGUCAGGUGCUUCGAAUCAUCGCCAGCUACAAGCACACAACCUCCAUCUUCGAUGACUUCUCUCAUUAUGAGAAGAGACAAGAGGAAGAAGAUAGUGUCAAAAAGGUGAUCAAGAAUUAGUGGGAGAAAAAAACAGGACCAUCCACCAAAUUAUGUCCCCUUUAAAAGAUGUUCGGUGGAGACAAGAUGGACUUUAGCUAACGGGACCUGCAGUUAUCUUGUUGAAGGACAAUAGAAGAGGGUUACAGUCCCUUUACUUGUGUGAUUUAAAUGCACUUCCAGAACCCACAAGAAGGAUUAAAUACUGGUAUUCAAAUAAAUCUGGGUGUUAAACUUCAGAUUACAGAUCAGGUUAAAAUAGUAUGCUCAUUCCCGGCAUCUGGAGAUGUUUUGUUUGUAUCAUAAGCCCCUCUUGCCUUGGUUUAUUUUCAGUUUGCGGCAAAAGCCCUCUUUCUUUUUCUCUGCUCCAAAUGUAUGUGUGUUUUAUACGCAUGUACUGAUGGAGCAUACUUUAUUAAAGAAUAUGGUACACAGGGUCACACCUGUUUCCCUGAAAAAAAAAAAUGUGUUUGUGUGCCAGGUGCAUCAACAAAAUCUGCUGCAUCUGCAUAUUGAAUAUUAUAUGUAUGUAUUUUCAUUUGUUACUCCCACAGCAGGAGCAUUGACUGGGCAAAUUCAACAUGAGAAAGUUUAAUUUAAUCUGGAAACUUUUAUUUUGGAUGGGAUACAGUAUAAAUAAUAUGUUUGGAGAAAGAGUUAAAAAGAAAAACCUUAUUUUAAACAGGUUUAUUCCAUUAACUUUAAAUGAACCGUUCAGGAUACAAAUAAAAACUGGGUAAAUAGGCUGUGCAAAAUAAAAAAUGUUUCUAAUAUAGUUAGGUAGCCAAAAAUGUAAUCUAUAAAGGCUGGAGUGAAAGGAUGUCGUACAGAACACUACUGCUUUGCAGCACUCUAAGGCUGAGUUAAUCAGUGACUUUAAGGGGGGCCACAUAGGACAUAACUGUUCAGUGAGGUUGCAAUUGAUCCUCCGCAUGCAGCUCAGAUUUAAAGCAAACAGUUAUGACCCAUGUGGCGCCACCUCAAAUCACUAAUUGGUUACUGCCUGGUAACCAAUCAGUGGAAACCAAGAGAGCUGAGAAGCAGGAAGUAGUGUUCCAGCUAUUAUAGUAGUAUUAUAGUAGUAGUGUUCAGUCACUCCAGUCUUUUUUACAUUACAUUUUUGCCUACUUAUUAAAUUGAAAAGUUUAUUUUGCACAGCCUAUCUAUUUACCCAGUUUUUAUUUUUAUACUGAAUAAUUCCUUUAAGUCAGAGGAAUGAGUGCCAAAUUUGGCAUCUGCUGGGUUGGCAACCCAACUUUUGAGUGUGAAAGGUUAUGUCCACCUAAAGUCAUUUUGUGCCCCUUUUCUCUUUAUAAGAAGCCAUUUCUCUGAAAUAAAACAUCAUGUUGAAA